AUGAUGGCGGAUGUUUCCAGUGCCGGUUGCUGUAUUUUCUUGACGGCAGGCAACAUGUUGUUGUUGGGCGAGAUUGCCCAAGCCGCCGAUCUCAGCUUUCAGACUUCCAAAUCCACUGGAUUGCAAUAUGCUGAUGCAAGAGCUGGGACUGGGCAGCCGAUGAAGGCGGGAAAUAUUGCCACUAUUGAUUACGUGCUUUCGACCACAGGGGCACGGUACGGGUCCAAGAUUUACAGUACUGCCGACAAGGAUACUCCCUACCGAUGGACACUUGGUGAUGGAUCCACCAUUGCGGGGAUCGAAAAGGCAAUAUUGGGAGACGGAGACCUUCCAGCGAUGCUACCAGGAGGUAUCCGCCGAGUUGUCAUUCCACAAAGCUUGGGAUAUGGAAAACUAGCGGAAAACUCAAAGGCCCUUUGUGUCCAAGAUGGUCAACCAGGACCCAUCCCGCCGCCCAAUACAGCUUUUGAGGAGUAUCAGCGAUUCAAGAAUAUUUAUUGCAAUUCAGACAGACAGUAUCAACCAGACAUCGUGAUGGAUAUAAAAUUGUACGGUUCGAGAAGAUGA